AUGGCUCUGCCCGGAAGUGACACAGUCUGCGCGCAACACGUCACGUCGCGCGAGACCGCAGCUCUGUGUUCGGCCGAGAAAACAACAACAAGAGCUGGUUUCUCUGAUAAACGCUCCGUGGCCUUCGGUGCAGACGGACCGCAUGUCGGGGGGUGUCCUGCGGGGGUGUCCUGCGGGGGUCCAUGGCGCCUAAAGAUCAAGAAUGCACAAGAUGUUAAGGGCGACAUGGACGAUCUUGAAAGUGGUGGGUCACCUGACACACGUGGAGGAGAAUAUUCUGGACCGUUCGAAGCUGCAAAACGAUUGUCAACAGAAAACCAGUCCAACGUUAUCAAGAGGGCAAGGAUCUGUGGCCAGAUGCGGCAGCCUUCUGUAGAUGAAACGGCACGUCAUGAACCUCUUUGUCUCAUCACUGAAGAGAAGCAAGGAUGUAUGCCCGAGAGGUCCAAAGUCUCCCACAGAAAACCGCUUUUCGGGAUUACACAUCGAAUCUCGGACAAGAAGACCGCUCCCAGUCUGGAGCAACAGGUGGGACAGGGCUCAGUGGACCUGCUCAACAGCAUCCUCUCGUCCAAGCUCCAAGGAGCCGAUGAAAAUGGCCUGGAUGACAUUUCCUCCACAGGAUGUCAUUCCGAAACUCCAGUGUAUCCACUGAUUGAGAAAAUGUUUUUUAUUCUUAAUACCCUGAACUCAAGUAUGACCCAAUUGCACAGUAAGGUGGACUUAUUAACUAUUGAAGUCAUGCGAAUAAAGAAGCAGAUCAAACCUACUGAGACGAUGGAGUUUCAGCCUCCUCCAGAAUAUCUACUCACCAGUGAGGAGCUAAAGCAGCUGAUGGAGCAGACGGCCAACGCUGGGGAGCUGGGCUGCAGGUUAUUGGUGCAUCUCUUCCCAGAAGUGUUCAAAGCUAAAGAGUGUUCACAUGACUGCUUCGCCUCCAAGAGAAGCCUGGAGUCUCUGCAUCUGCAGCUGAUCCGUAACUAUGUGGAGGUAUGCUAUCCUUCUGUCAAGAGCAACAGUGUCUGGCAGGAGGAAUGUCUGCUUCAGAUUAAUGACUUUUUUAAUCGUUUUUGGGCUCAUAAAGACAUGGAGAGCCCACGACAGCAGAGGAAGCAGACAGUUACAGGUGCAGAGAUGAAUUCUGAGCAGCCGCAAACCUAUCGCUUCAUCAAUGAACAGGGUUUAGAAAUGGAAGAUCACAUGUCAUUAAAUCACCAGCCAAACAUUGCUUUGACAGAUUUGACACUUGCUCAAUCCUCAGAGGAGUUAGACGAGUGCUCCACUCCAGAGGAUUUUGUUAUUUUUCUAAUGCAUCGUCUGUUUCCUGAGUUGUUUGAAGAGGGAAAGAUUCCAGCUGGAUCCAGUGGUAAGAGUGUUGGACAUCCGCUUCUCGACUCAGAUAAGGUGGAAAUGAUCAGAAAGUAUAUGGAGGCCAAUUUCCCCGAUGUGCCUGAGGAGAGCUGGUUGCAGUUGUGCAUUCAGCAUGUGGAGGAUGCACUUGAAGGUGCUCACAGUAAUGGAAAUGCCAGUGAAUCUGACAAUGUCACAGAUGAAAGCUUUGGCCAUGAGUUCCCAGUACCUUCCUUGUACCUGCUUUCGGACUCUGAGGUGCGGGAGAUUGUCCAGCAGAGUCUCUCCGUUGGGAACUUUGCAGCUCGGUUACUGGUGCGGCUGUUCCCUGAACUAUUCACUCAGGAAAACCUGCGUCUACAGUACAACCAUUCAGGAGCCUGCAACAAGAAGCAGCUGGACCCGGUGCGUCUGAGGCUGAUCCGUCACUACGUGGAGGCGGUGUAUCCAGUGGAGAAGGUGGAGGAAGUCUGGCACUACGAGUGCGUGCCAAGCAUUGAUGAGCGCUGUCGCCGUCCAAAUCGCAAAAAGUGUGACAUUUUAAAGAAGGCCAAGAGGUCGAGUACUGUAUCCUAG